CGGAUCUUUGAGAAUAACUGGAAUUUGGAAGAAACAAAAGAUUGUGCUAGAGGAAAAUUUUGGCAUCCAAAAUAGGAGUAGGAGUACUAAUAGAGGAAAUGAGUGAACAUUAUUUUACUAAUAACGUAAAUAUUAGUAAUAAUUCUCAAAAAUACUCUCUUUUUUUUUUUUUUAAUUUACCAUUACAUCAUAUCGAGAUUAUAAUUUGAAAAUUGCAAUCUGAAGGUUAAGUAAUACUAGUAUUUUUGUUCGUGGACUGGAGUACAGUGUACUGAAGUGGAGGCAAAAUGAAGUGGUACUUCAGAAAAUCAUCAUUUUCUUCACUAAUUCUUGGCCAUACAAUUGCCUCAGCACAAUUUGAUCAACAGCCCUGUAAUCCUUCUAUGACACGUGGAAUCCAAUGAGUGGUGGGAUAUCCUUCUUUUCUUCCACGUCACCCCCCUCCCCCAACCAAAGCCCCAUACCAGACCAGCCACAUUGCACCUAUUGAUGAUGAAAUAUGACAAAUUCAAUCAAAAUUAGCUAGUACUGUACUACACUUUCCUCAUCUUAUGGUAUAGCUAAAUAGUUUUCAGUCAACUUCCCUUAAGAAUCCAUAGAAAAUUCAGUGUAAAUUGUGAUAAGGAAUUAUACUAUGGAGGCAAUUAAUGCAGUAAGAUUGACACCUCUUUCUGUUCUUUCUGAUAGAAGAAAUGAGUCCAAGAAAAUCCCAUCAUACCCCAUAUCUUUCCCAUUCAAGAAUCUUUAUUCAGUGGAGAAUUUAUCAAGAAAUGUUCAAGGGGGUAUAGUACUUCUAUCUUCAGCUCUAAGUACAGGCUUAGCUAAAGCAUUAACAUUUGAGGAGACAAUCGAGCAAUCUACAACAAGUCCAGCUGCUGAAUUUGAUGCAGCUGCUGUUGUAGAAACAGUGACCACUUUUGCAUCAGAGAAUCCUGCAAUUAUAGCUGGUGGAUUUGCUGCUUUGGCUUUGCCUAUAGUUUUGUUUCAGGUUCUUGGGAAGCCUCCCAAGUCAUGGGGUGUUGAGUCUGCCAAGACAGCUUAUGCAAAAUUGGCUGAUGAUGCUGGUGCACAGCUUCUUGAUAUCAGAGCACCUGGUGAAUUGAGGGGAGUUGGGAGUCCAGAUAUUAAGGGUUUGAAGAAGAAGCCAGUUACGGUUGCUUACAAGGCUGAAGAUAAGCCUGGUUUCUUAAAAAAGCUGUCUUUGAAGUUCAAGGAGCCAGAGAAUACCACAUUGUUCAUUCUAGACAAAUUUGAUGGGAACUCUGAACUGGUUGCGGAGCUAGUCACAGAAAAUGGAUUUAAAGCUGCUUAUGCAAUCAAAGACGGUGCUGAAGGAGCCCGGGGAUGGCUGAACAGCAGCCUUCCUUGGAUUGUUCCUAGCAAAUCAUUGAGUCUCGAUCUGAGCAAUCUGUCCGAUGCUCUUGAUGGUAUUCUUGGGGAAGGUCCUGAUGCUGUUACUGUGGGCUUAGGUGCUGCUGCAGUUGCUGGGCUAGGGCUUUUAGCCUUUUCAGAGGUAGAAACAAUUCUCCAACUGUUGGGUUCUGCUGCACUUGUCCAACUGGUUGGCAAGAAACUCCUGUUCGCAGAGGACAGAAAGAAAACUUUGCAACAAGUUGAUGAGUUCCUCACCACUAAGGUUGCUCCACAGGAGCUAGUAGAUGAGAUUAAGGAAAUAGGGAAGGCUGUCCUUCCAGACUCGGUGAGUAGCGAUGCUGUACCUGCACCUGCAGAGGCAAGCCCUGCUGCAGCUACCAGCACUGUUGAUAAAACUGAAUCGGUUGCUAAGGAGGAAACUGCACCUCCUAAAGUAGAAGCAACUUCCUCGCCUACUCCAGAAGUCAAUUCAGUCCCUAACGCUGAAGUGGAAGGAGAUGCACUACCUAAAAGUUCAAGGCCACUUUCACCUUAUCCUAAUUAUCCUGAUCUCAAGCCUCCAACAUCGCCGAUGCCUUCACAACCAUAGAACUGGUGGACUGCAGGUUGCCGUAUAGCCUAGCUGAAAAUAAGGCAUAGCUAGCUGUAUCCUAGUUUGUAAUGGAAGCUCCUCAUUUGUGAAAUUUUGAAUAUUACAUAACAUGCAUUUGAAGAGAAUUUCAGCAGUGCCUAUAGAGAUCCUGGUUCUCAACACUAUAUAUAUAUAUAUGUAUUGUAUUCCAUCUUUGUAGAAUAUUAUUGGGUAUCAUGUAGAUACAGAUCUUUAUCA